AUGAUAGAGCUUACGGUGCCUUGGGAAACCAACAUCCCAAAAGACCAUGCCAUCAAGGUCAAUAAGUAUUACGAGCUCACUAACGAACUAACUCGAAAUAGGUUCGUCGUUGAUUUGUACGCGGUAGAGGUGGGAGCGAGAGGUAUAACAGCUAAAUCUCUCUAUAACCUACUAAAAGACUUGGGCCUGUCCAGAACUAACAUUAAUUCAUUCUUAGAACGUACGUCGAAGGCAGCCCUAGUAGGUUCUUUUCAAAUUUGGUUAGGUAGGGAGAGGAACUUGGACAGUGGAGUCCGAGAGGGGGGGCGGAAGAUCUGUCCACCGGUCGAUUUAAACGGCGAAAACGGCGCGAAUACGGACUUGAAAUGCCCUACGUGCGGGAAAAAUUACAAGAGACGAGCCUGGUACAUUAAACACCUAAAAACACAUAAUGGUGUUGAAGCGCGACAAUCGUUGGUAAGUUCUUCAAUUAUCACUUCGGAUAGAGUUGACCCUCACGUAUCCCAUGGUGAACCAUUAACUGGAAACCACCAGGAGUCCAUUAACAUCCGGACACGUCUUAGCAUUCCUAACAUGAAACAAUCGACUUGGAAAGUUCACGACGACAAUUUAGCGGUCCUGUUAGAGCAUCCGGGCUCGAAGCAGGAAUUGAACUCGCAGGUAGAAACUUUCCAAAAUACCGUUUAUGACUACUUCAACGAGCAAUAUCCACCACGUAAUCAUUACGCUCGCAAAAAUAAAGAAAAUUCGUUCAAGAUAAAAAUGAGGAAGAAAAAACGGGAAUUAAUAAAAAAUCUACGUAUAGCCAAAGCUCUAGGCGACAACCACCUUAGUCAUCAGCUAGCUAGGGCGUUAAGGUCAAUCCUUAAAUUAAUUCAAGGAAUAUCGGCACAAACUGCAGAAUAUCGCGGUAAUUUUGACCGGGCCAAACAGGAAGUAGAUUUUGAUAAAAACCCUUUUGAGUAUUCGAAAACCAUUUUUAAGAAAGAACGCGGACAGCUUCUCUUGACCAACGAUCAAAUUUACGACCAUUUCAAGAGCACAUACGAAGUGCCUAAAAGUGUAAGGCUCUAUACGGAUCCAAACGAACAAAAACCGGAAAUUCCUCAUAUCGAUUUUCACGGCAUACCACCAACGUUAGACGAAAUAAGUAGUCACAUAAAGAGGAAAUCAUCUAAAUCUGCACCGGGCCCCGAUGGUAUCCCAUAUAUAGUCUUUAAAAAAUGUCCAUCGGUUCGUAAACACCUCAUAAAUAUAUACGGCAAAAUCUGGUCAAGGAAGCAAAUCCCGGAGUGUUUCGGGAAAGCAAUUUUUGUCCUCAUUCCCAAAAAAGAUCGAGUUACCGAUCCGAAGGAUACUAGACCGAUAGCCUUAACAAAUACAAUUUCUAAAAUCUUUUUCUCGGUCCUACAAACGAGAAUGACGCGAUUCAUGCUCAGCAACAAGUAUUUUAGGCCAAAUCACCAGAAAGGGUUUCUACCCGGGAUUUCUGGAUGCCUAGAACACAACACCUUGCUGUCGGAGAGUUUGAAAGAUGCUAGAAAAAGCGAGCGGCAAAUUACAGUUUGUUGGAUAGACUUAGAGAACGCGUUCGGGUCGAUACAACACGAGUUGAUGCUAUUCGCGCUUAGAUGGUACAACUUUCCACCCCUAGUUAGAGAUAUGAUCGCGUCGUAUUACUCAAAAUUAAGGUUUUCUAUAAUAACUAAAGAAGGCCCUUCAAAAGGUUUGAGUUAUAAUGUAGGACUGUUUCAAGGUUGUUGUCUAUCUCCAAUUACGUUUAAUAUCGUUAUUAACAUCUUAGUAGACAAAUUAAUCUGUAACGAGAAAAAAUGGGGUUAUCGGUUUAAGUUUAAUAAUAAAUACACGGAAUCCAUUUUAGCCUUCGCUGACGAUCUCGCAAUACUGACACGUCACCCCAAACACUGUCAAGUACUAUUGGAUGAAGUGGAUAAAUUCUGUGAGUGGACGGAUGGAUUGAGGACAAAACCAAGUAAAUGUCACUGUUUGUGUCUUGGUAGGCGGAAUACAAGAUACACCUCAUACGAUCCGGGACUAUCGAUAGGCGGUCAAUGCGUUUCUACGGUUACGGAAGAUGCACCAUUCAAGUUUCUCGGUCGUAAGAUUGAUAAUAUAGGUCGUACUCCAUCUUUAGAAGGAAUAGUAGAUAGCUUUUUAAAUGAUCUUAACAAGGUAGAUAGCCAGCAGAUCAAUGCAGGCGUCAUAAAGAUGUUGAAGUUGUGGCUCGGGCUCGCGCUAACGGCUGAUUCAUCGGCUUUAUUCAGGGAUCGUAAUAGUUUUGGGAUGAAUCUAAAAAGACCAUCGGAGCUCUACAAACACCUAAGAGUUUCCAAGAGACAUAUCCUGGGGAAAUCCCAUGAUGACGUCGUUACAUCACUCCCAAAAGACAAUGAUGCCCCAGAGCUAGAGUCACGACUUCAAUUCCAUAAACAAUUUAUGAUCGGAGCGCAAAAUAACAGAGUAGGGUUAGGAUCAAGUAGGAAAGUCCAAGAUACGGAUAUAUUGAAGUCUUUUAUUCGGCAAGACGAGAACGAUAAAUACAAAAUCCAUGCAAUGAGUUUAGAAAUGCAGAACGAGUGGUUAGACAUAGGAGAUUUUUGCAUUCCACUAGCACUAAAAUGGCGCACCCUAAUUCAUGACUGGUCGCCAGCCUUGCUAAAAUUUUAUCUCAAUGCGUUCCAGAUGACUCUCCCAGAUCAGAGUAAUUUAGUAAGAUGGGGUAAAGGUACCGAAAAAACUUGCUAUAUCUGCGGAAAGGCAGUUGGAACUGCCAAGCAUUUGCUGGUGGGAUGUAAGGUUCUCCUGGACAGCGGUCAAUACUCGCGUCGUCACGAUAGGGUUUUAGAGAUCAUACGUUUUGUGAGAGAGGGCACCAGGGCUGUAAAAUCAAACGUCAAGCCUUACUCUAUCCUUAAAGCGGCUUCAGAUUGGACUAUCAUGAUGGAUACGUAUGAGAAACAAUACAAAAUCCCCGAGGAUAUUUGUGCGUCGGCCUCCAGACCAGAUAUAUUUCUAUAUUCGCGUAUUUUAAAGCGCGUUGUGAUGAUAGAGCUUACGGUGCCUUGGGAAACCAACAUCCCAAAAGACCAUGCCAUCAAGGUCAAUAAGUAUUACGAGCUCACUAACGAACUAACUCGAAAUAGGUUCGUCGUUGAUUUGUACGCGGUAGAGGUGGGAGCGAGAGGUAUAACAGCUAAAUCUCUCUAUAACCUACUAAAAGACUUGGGCCUGUCCAGAACUAACAUUAAUUCAUUCUUAGAACGUACGUCGAAGGCAGCCCUAGUAGGUUCUUUUCAAAUUUGGUUAGGUAGGGAGAGGAACUUGGACAGUGGAGGUGAGCGUAUAACGCGCGUUAGUUAA